UUUAAUUGCAAAUCGCGUGGGGAAACGCUCUCAUAUAUUUUGGAGCAAGUUAGUGGUGAAGUUGUGAAAAGUCUGUGAUCUUCAACCGUGAUUUGGUGAUAAGUGGCCGAGCAGGUGAGGUGCAAUGUACAGACCUCGACGAUACCAUCCGUGAGUGGGGGAAAUUUACUGAUUUUCAAGUAAGUGUGGACAUAUUAUACAAAAAAAUAGUCAUUCGGUGUGCUUUAGUCACUGUGUAAGUUUCUUUUGUCGCACUACGCUCUUUUGUCCGUCAUUAUCAUUACGAAUACGAAUAUUAAAGAGCCUCGAUCGCGGUGCAAUAAGCUCCAAGUGCCAAUCGAUUGUCCCUUUACUUCGACACAACUUCUCAACGGACUCAGAUCGCUGUUGGAAAAAUUGUGUGGUGUCUCCCCCAACUCGGUAUUCCCUAACAAGUGGUGAGCUGUGUUGUUUUAAAAACGCGGAAGUAGAGGCAAGUUGAAUAAAAAAAAACUAAAGUGCAAUCUGGAAUAUUAUUGUGUGUGAACCACCAGAGGUGACUUCCAUCAACCACGAGACUGCCUUCAAUUGCAAGAAGUCAUCGCUGAGAAGUCAACAAGUAGUAUAUAGCAAAAUGACGGAAAAACACAGCACAAAUGGCCUGAGCCAAACAGAGACUGUGACCCAACCCACGUCAGCGGAUGAAUCGAAGGACAACCCCAAGGAUCUCAAAAGGGAAGCAAGUUGGCCCGCCGUUCUCUUCUACAUCCAUCUCAACAUUUUAGGAAUAUACGGAGUUGUGGUACUCUUCACACAGACCUCUCUUGUAACAGCAUUAUUCACUGCACUUUUGACUUUCUUGGGGAUAAUCGGUGUUACGUGUGGUUCUCACCGACUCUGGGCACAUCGCACCUACACAGCAACUCCCAUCCUCCGUGGAUUUCUCAUGCUUUGCCAAACACUGGCCGGCCAGGGAUCAAUAUACGAAUGGGUACGCCAACACAGACUUCAUCAUAAGGUUUUCAAGACAAGUGACGAUCCCUACUACAGCGACAAGGAUCUCCUACAUAGUCAGGUUCUCGCACAAAUUCGCACCCUCAGUGUCAAGCAACAGAGAUUGCUGGAUGAAAUUGAUAUGAGUGACAUUGAGGAUGACAAAAUCGUAAUGUUCCAGAAGAAGUUCUAUUGGAUUCUCUACUUGAUCUUCUUUGUCCUCCUACCCAUUAAUGCUCCACUCGAGUAUUGGGAUGAUACAGUGCAAGCAGCCCUCUUUGUGGCAUUCUCAUUGCGCUACAUGAUUGUGAUAAAUGUGGCAUGGCUCGUGAAUUCCGCCCAUUUCAUUUGGGGUCUCGAUAAGAACUUCAAGCAAUCAGAUUCUAAUCUUAUUUUCGUUAUAACCAAGACUUACUGGCCACAGUACCACUACCUCAUGCCAUGGGACUAUCAAACGGGCGAAUUUGGAAAUUACGGGGAGGGUCUAACCACAAUAUUAAUUCGUGUAUUUGCUGCACUGGAGAUGGCCACUGAUCUUUCGACAAUUUCAACGGAUGCUGUAAAGACGGGCUUAACGAUGGCAGUGGAUUCUGGGCGGCCCGUUGUUGAGUGCCUCAGGGAAGCUGGUGUAGCUGAAAUGGAGAAAUAUCCCAAAGUUUGUCGUGCCUACAAUAAGUAACUUACAAUUUUCACCAUUUGCCAAUAUUGCUUCAGCAUCGGACAUGGAUGAGAGUGCUCAAAGUACGGAUGAUGCAACUCCACAUGAUUAUUCUCUCUACACCAAAACUCUCGACACUCUUAUCGAAAUGUCUGUUCGAUGUGGUUUAUCAUAAUAAUUUUUAAUUGCAAUCUCUUUCUUUCUGGUUCAAUUUCUUGUACCCCGAAAUGUUCUCAUAUCUGUUAUUUUUUUGUAAUUGAAAAAUAUAUAUUUUGGUAAAUAAAGGAGUUAUAGAAGUAUGAAAAA